UGGGCGCUCUGGAUUCUGCGAGAGGGAAGUGGAUCGUUGAUGUAUGUAUCAGUGCGAGUGCUAAUCUGCUACAUUAGGGAUGCGCUCUUUGUCAAAAAGUCAGUCAGUUGUUAUUUGGCGUAAACAGACACGGCUGCGACGAUUUCAGCAACGUGAAUGCUCCGGCUUCUAAAUCGUUAUGUAAAGGGAACAAUUUUACGGAGGACAUCCACAAAAUGAAGGCUCAGGUGCGCCGUGGGGUUAUCGUCAUUAUAGUUAUUACCAUGGGUACCAGUCUCAUGGUUGUGUACAACAACAGCUUCACGGACACGUCAGGGACAGCGUAUCCCACGGAUGCUGCUGCUACUGGGCCGCAAAUGGAUAAGCCCAGGAAAGCGCAGCCUAAACCAGGAAGAGCCCUGUCAUCAACCCUACAGGGCUACACUGGAGUCAUCGAUCAAAAGCCUCUGAGGAUGCACUGUAACUGCUGUGCCCUGGUGACCAGCUCUGGCCACCUUACCGGCAGCAACCGUGGGGACGAAAUCGACAGCACUGAGUGCGUCAUCCGCAUGAACGACGCCCCGACUGGGGGUAGUUUCCAGCGGGACGUGGGCCGGCGUACCAGCCUGCGCGUCAUCGCCCACUCCAGCAUGCAGAGGGUACUGCGGAGCCGGCAGGAGCUGCUCAAUGCCAGCCAGGACUCAGUCUUCCUCUUCUGGGGACCCAGCAGCUGUAUGCGACGCGACGGCAAAGGCCGGGUCUUCAACAACCUGCGUAUGGUCAACCAACUGCUGCCCAAACUGAAGGUCUACGUCAUCUCCCAGCUCAAGAUGCCGCAGUUCGAUGAGCUCUUCAAGAAGGAGACAGGGAGAGACAGGAAGAACUCUAACUCAUGGCUGAGCACUGGCUGGUUCACCAUGGUCAUUGCCCUGGAACUCUGUGAUACGAUCAAUGUCUAUGGCAUGGUGGCUCCUGACUUUUGCAGGGCUCCUUCCCAUCUCUCGGUGCCGUAUCAUUACUACGAGCCUUCGGGGCCUGACGAGUGCGCAAUGUAUCUCUCCCACGAGCGGAACCGGCACGGAAGCCACCAUCGCUUCAUCACAGAGAAGACAGUGUUCGCCAACUGGGCUCGGAUGUUCGACAUCCACUUCUACCAGCCAGACUGGACCCCGUCCUCUACUCUCAAUGGAAACAGCUCACUCACACCAGCUUCAGAUGGCUCUUGAUACCAGACAUAGACAGAAAGGUCCCCAGGACCUGGGGAAGAUGUGACUGUGUGUUUGGACUCCAACAUGCUGAUUUUCCUCAUCCUCCCCUUGGCUCCCUUAUGGGAGUGUCCCUUAUGGGAGUGUGUGGGAGGAGUGGAAAAGUACAAGGGUCAUUCCACCAAUUCAGUGCCCGUUGAGAAGUGUAAUUUGACAUAAUUUUAACAUUCUGACAUAAAGAGCACAUGUUCAACUUCAUCUCAGCAGGUUAAAUUAAAAAAUGACUAUAGUAAGUGCUAACUAAGUGGCAAAUAAAGUAACAGGGUUGACUGUUUUCUUAAAUCAGCCAUAAAUCCCCUUGUGACAGGGGGAAUGGAAGCUCACUGUGUGCAACAGAGGGUGGCAAUUGAAUGUAAGCUUCACAAAAAUAUUAUAAAAAUUGUUUAAAAAAAAGAAAAGAAAUGCCUGUCUAUCUAUGGGUAACAGGGUUGACAUGUUAUGUUCGACCCGCUCAGAUUUCCACCACAAAACACCAGAACGUGGCAAAAAAAAAGAGUGGAACCAGCUCACCUGCUUUUACACUAGGAUCUGACUAUUAAAUGAGAGUUCUGUUCGCGUAACGUGUUGACCUUCAAAUAAUGGACAGAUGUAAAUGAAUCACUAAUCACAUGAAAUAAAUAAUCAUCUUCAGAAAUGACUUAGUUAUUUUGUUGCUUUGACAAAGGCUUUACAAUGAUGGUGAUACUUUGAGAAAUGUUGGGAUUAAGUGGGUUAACAUCUCCUUAGAAGUGACACAGGGCUGAAGGAGGGAAAUGUCAAAAUGCAGAAUUUUGGCACUUUAGCAAGUGUCAUAAAAAAUUGGAUUUAUUGAAUUAUCCAUAUGGUCUAUAUUAAAUAUAUUUUAGAUUCAUAUAACAGGCUUUAAAAAUAUAUUGGUGCACAAUUCUUACUUAAAAUAUCAAAGGGACUCAAAAGGCACUCUUUUCAUGGAAUGACCCGCAAGCUGCAGUUGCUGGAGAAGCAGAAGUGGGUAGCUGCUCCUCAAAAUAGUUGGCACAAACUUAGCUCCAACUUGAGAAAACUUGAGGUGUUUGCUCAACUUGUGUUCAUUCUACUAUAAAAUAUUAUUUGGGCAGCUUAACUAAAAAAGGCUAUACAACUGGUUACACACACAAACAGUGCUUUUAACACACAUGAUUAAAUUGUGCUUUUCAAUUUAUACAUGAAUUAUUAUUCAACAUGUCCUCACCUGGGAUUUGAACUCACAACCUCUUGGUUCGUGGAAUUCAGAUCUUCAUACUACGCCACCAUGUCUGUGUCAAUUACCAUUUAAUCAGACUUUUCUCUCAUUAUUGAUUUGAUUGACCUAUUUCAGCAAUUAGGCUAAUUUAUAACUCUGGGAUAUACCAACUCAAAUAAUAAUGACAGACGCAAUAUCUCCUUCACAAUACUUAAAAUAAAUGAUUUUGUUGAAUUAUUUACACAUUCUGUAAGUAACUACAUAGGGCCUAUAUAAAACCAACUGGGCACAAUAAAAGGAGAGCUCAAAUACAAGGACAACUGGCUACCAAUCUGUUCUUCCACACUGAUACAAACUGGGAAGAGAGAUUCUAUGUAAAACUACAUGAUCGCAUUGUGUCGUCGUAGUGCCCUUUCCUUUAUGUUUAUGGAGAAAACAGAGCUGGAAAAAUAUACAUUCUUAUCAACUGAGCCUGACUUGAUCACCUAGAUCACCUUGCCCCCCCCCCUGAAUACUUUAACGUGUUACUUUUGAAUCCUAAUGCCAGUAGCUACCCUCCCAAACAGGAUGUUGCCACAGCGGCAACCCUUCGGAAUGAUGGGAUGUCAUCUACACAGCGUCCACCUGAGACCUGGAUCAUGAUGAGCAUCCCGGAGGUGGACCUGGUUGGAUUUAAGGGCUUCAAAGGACAAGCAGGGUUUAAAACAAGCUUGUUUUUUAAUUAGUCCAGUCCCUAUAAUCACACUCUCGGGGCGACAUGGUAAUAACGUUUGACCUUACCUGGUAAAAUAAAGAUGAAAACAAAGGUUUGGAAAUGCGGUGUAAAUUUACAAGUAGGUUUUCGUGCUGACAAACUAUUCGCCUCCAAGCCUCUUUAUUUGUAUUUUUGGGAAAAGGUUAGUCCCGAGUUUUUACAGGACCAAAGUGCCAAGGUGGUGUACUUGGUAUACACAAAUACACAAAUAAUAAGCAGUCUUGUCCUGACUUCAUUUGGGUGAGGAAUCCUGUUUCCAAAACCAACCUGACAAAACGGGCGUUAAAAAUAUUAAAAACAAAUCAUAAGCUAUCCCCCCUUCCUCUUUCAACAGUGUUCAACUUUAUCACCAUUGACAUCAUACCGUUUGGGUGCAUACCGUUUGCGGAUGCAGGGCGUAGAGUACAUUACAGUAUGUGUCAGGAUUUGACACCUCAUUGAGCCGGAGGAUGAACAUUCAACGUUCCAUAUCAUGGUCGGAUCAUUUCAUCUUCUGAGCAGCAAUUUCCAUCAUGACACAUAUCCCCAUUCCUGACAUAGAUAAGCACUGGCGCUAAAUUGCUGAAAUUACAAAUGUUUGAUAGCCCCUGGUAGUGGGGGAGAUGGUUUUGGGAUGUUUUGGUGGUGAUUCUUGAAUGGUUUUAUCAGUCAAAAGUGGCAUCAUUAUCCAGUGGGACCAAACUGUUUCCUGCACAUAGUUGAGAUGAAGUAUAAGAUAAGUAUAGGAAAAGAUUGCAUAGCCUACGCACAUCCAAUACGGAGCAGGUGCUGGAGAUCAAAUGACAUGAUCAGCAAAAGGUAAAAACAGAAGGCAGUGUACAGAGUCUGGUGAUUUAUGAGGUAUUAUAACUUGUCUUUUUCAUCGGCCGUUAAUAACUUUUAGAGGACCAGAAGGUAGGCUUAAAACAGACGGUCAUUUCUCUAAGUGUCAAAAGCUAGUGGAAAUUCUUGGCAAAUUUGAAAUGUGAAGGUUAUGAGGCGUUUCAGGAGAUAUUACUCAUGUUUGCCCUGACACCUAGUGGCUAUUUGUGUCCUCCAUCUGUAUGGACUGGUCUGUGGGUGCGGGAGAAUGAACGUCUUGUCGUCUAUUACUGUUUUAACGUUGAUUGUGGGCGUAGCGGGGGAACUUUGCACUGUGUGAGUGGUCUAUAUGGACAACAAUUGUUCCAAUCACCCGGGGAAAAUUACAAUUGCCAUGUUUUCCGCCUUUAUGUGUUUUUCACCAGUAGAAUAUAGGCCCAGCCUUUGUCUUUAGUGGAUAGUUCAUUGUUGACAAAAUAUUCUAAAUAUGGGCCUUACAGUCUGUGAGGAACCUUUAUUAUAGAUCCAUCUGCGAGGCCCUUAUUUAAACUGGCAAGCCUGAAAUGAACCUUUACCAUGAUAGACCAGCCUGUAAGGCCCCUAUUUGCUCUGAUCAGCCUCCGAGGAGCCUUUAUUAUAGAUCCAUCUGCGAGGCCCUUAUUUAAACUGGCAAGCCUGAAAUGAACCUUUACCAUGAUAGACCAGCCUGUAAGGCCCCUAUUUGCUCUGAUCAGCCUCCGAGGAGCCUUUAUUAUAGACCAUUAGAUCAGCAUGUUAGGCCCAUAUUUACUCUGACCCGCCUGAGAGGAAACCUUAUUAUCGAUUCGCCUGUAAGGCCCCUAUUUACUCAGAUCAGCCUCAGAGGAGCCUGUAUUGUAUUAGUUGUAUGAAUAGAUAGCUCUAUUUAACCAGCCAGCUAAGAUACAGCUUGCUAUAUUAGCUCAUUGCUCAAGAGAAAAUAGCUAGCUAUGAAGUUAGCAGUGGUGUAGUACUUGUGGAAAAAUACUUUAAAGUACUACUUAAGUCGUUUUUUUGGUAUUUGUACUUUACUUUAUUAUUUUUA